AAAUUUUGACUUGUCAUUCGUAAGAACAGCGAAAGGAAAGGUGAACAGUUUUAAUAUUUGUAGUUGAUUUAAUUAUAUUAAAAAAAAAAAUAAUGACCGUCACAAAGCGGAUGGACAUUGAUGCCGUUUGUAAGGGUGAAGGGUUUCGCUCAUACUACAUACAAAAAAUCGAGGAACUUCAGUUGAUAGUUGCCGAAAAAUCACAAAAUUUAAGACGUUUGCAGGCCCAACGUAAUGAACUUAAUGCAAAAGUUCGUAUGCUGCGUGAAGAAUUACAGCUACUGCAGGAACAGGGCAGCUAUGUUGGUGAGGUCGUAAAACCAAUGGAUAAGAAGAAGGUUUUAGUUAAGGUACACCCCGAAGGCAAAUUUGUUGUUGAUAUUGAUAAAAAUAUUGACAUCAAUGAUGUUACACCCAAUUGCCGUGUUGCUUUGCGCAAUGAAAGCUAUACGUUGCACAAAAUCCUACCGAAUAAGGUCGAUCCUUUGGUUUCCCUUAUGAUGGUGGAAAAGGUGCCUGACUCCACAUACGAAAUGGUGGGCGGUUUGGAUAAGCAAAUCAAGGAGAUUAAAGAAGUGAUUGAACUUCCCGUCAAGCACCCUGAGUUAUUUGAUGCUUUGGGUAUUGCCCAACCCAAAGGUGUUCUCUUAUAUGGCCCCCCUGGAACUGGAAAGACCUUGCUGGCCCGUGCUGUAGCUCACCACACAGAGUGUACGUUUAUACGUGUUUCCGGCUCUGAGUUGGUGCAGAAAUUCAUUGGUGAAGGUUCUCGCAUGGUUCGUGAACUUUUCGUUAUGGCACGUGAACACGCUCCCUCCAUUAUUUUCAUGGAUGAAAUUGAUUCAAUUGGUUCAUCUCGUAUCGAGUCGGGUUCUGGAGGUGAUUCAGAGGUCCAACGUACUAUGUUGGAGCUGCUCAAUCAGUUGGAUGGUUUUGAAGCCACUAAGAAUAUUAAGGUGAUUAUGGCCACCAAUCGUAUAGAUAUUUUGGAUCCUGCUCUCCUGCGUCCCGGUCGUAUCGAUCGUAAAAUUGAAUUCCCGCCACCAAACGAGGAAGCUCGCUUGGAUAUUCUUAAGAUUCACUCGCGCAAGAUGAACUUAACACGUGGAAUUAACUUGCGAAAAAUUGCAGAAUUAAUGCCGGGAGCUUCGGGCGCCGAAGUAAAGGGCGUUUGCACUGAGGCCGGUAUGUAUGCCUUGCGAGAAAGACGGGUGCAUGUGACGCAAGAAGAUUUUGAAAUGGCCGUGGCAAAGGUUAUGCAAAAAGAUUCAGAAAAGAAUAUGUCCAUUAAGAAAUUGUGGAAAUAAUUUCCUCUUUGCAUCCGUACUCGUUACUAAUUAUUUCACUUAGUAUAGGUUAAACUUUUCUGUUUCUUUCGCUAUAAAAUUAAUAAAACACAUAAACUCGAUGUUCAAACCUGGCAAAUAAUAAAAAUAUAUAUAUAAUUUUAUAAUAAUAUGUAA